AAAAUGUGUAUCAUGAAGUUUUAUUACCAAUAUUUACUAUAUGUUAUAUUUUAUAAUAUUAUGUAGUUCAUGAUGGAGGAUGAAUUCAUACCAGAUUAUGAAUUUGGAUCAGACAUCGAACCACCAAGUCCGCCUAAAAUUCAAGGAGCCACCAAAAGUAAAAAAGGCAAACCAUGUCCUGUGUGCUUGGCAAAAUUUACGCAUGUUAAACGGCAUAUUAUUAAAGAUCAUUUACCUUGGUAUGCUUCACCAUCGACAUGUUGUUCGGUUUGUCAUAUUAACUUUGGACAAACACAUUUUCUGGAUAUACACAAUCAGAAAAAUCACAACAACAAUUAUACUUCUCAACAUUUGGAUAUUUUUUGGGUUGAUUUCAUGUUUGGUCUUUUGUUGCGCAUAAUUCAGAUUCUGAAAUUGGAAAACUUUGAAAACUUGUACAAAUUUAUCAACAACGAUGAGCGCUUUGAAUGUUGCCAGGGAUCAGUGUUUAGUGAUGAAGAUUCAGUAGUUGGAGAAAAAUUUCUUAAUCACAAGUUCUCUGGUGAAAAAAUACCAUUGGUUCCAUAUCCUGUUACAAAUGCAGCUUGUCUAUUACAUUGGAAAAUUUUAAGUAUCUUAAUUAAUUUGUCAAAUAGUGCUGAAUUACUUACAAAAGUGUUCAAAAAAUAUGUUGUGUGGAUACUAGGUUCUUCAUUUGUAUACUGGAGUGAAAAGCGAGCAACUGAAUUAGGAGUCAAAAACUUAGAGUUUGAUAAAGAUGUUCUUGAGAUUUUUUGGAAAGGUGUUAGAGGAAUGAAGUGGGAGAGUUUAAUAGAUAUCAUUGAAUUUUGUAAAUCAAAAUUUCCAAACCCAGAUUUCAUUAUAAUCCAUCUUGGUUCCAAUGAUAUAAAAUUUGCAUGCUCAAAAAGGUUAUUUUCACAAAUUCAGAGGGAUUUAAAUGCUGUUAUGAAAGAAUUUUCUUGGAGUCAUAUUUUAUUUUCAGAAAUACUUUCUAGGCUUGUUUGGCGGAACUUAAAAUGGACAGAAGGGGAGAAAGAAAGAACGAUUAUUAAUUCAGAAGUUAAAAAAAUCUUAGAUAGAGAACAUUUCAUACAUCAUCCAAAAAUUAUUGCAAGAAAAUCAUAUUUGUUCAGAGAUGAUGGUGUUCAUCUUUCUGACAUAGGAAAUGAUUAUUUGAUAGAGGAUUUUAAGCUUUGGAUAAAGCACUUCAUUGUAUAGUUCUGUAUAUUCAUUUUGUUUUUAUGCGUCUCAUUGCUAUGGCACACUUAUAUAUUGCUGUCGAUACAGUCGGAAUGUCUGAUUGUUCAUAGCUGAAUGUAAUUUGUGUCAUUUGGCAAGCUGGAUUGUUUUAAUAUGUUUUUAUAACUUUUUAUAUACCAGUCCUUUUAAAUAAAAUGGGGAGGAAUGUA